CUCCUAUGUACAGUUGUGAAAGAAGCAUAAAAACAAUCAAACUCGCAUGUUCCAAAUAUUAAAAGCCGUAAACAUCUCAAACGUGUAGAAACCUUGGGAUUUGAUACAACUUUACUGUCCAUAGCUAGUGAGUGAUAUCAAGUAUGAGAAGUUCUUUGCGAUUCGAUUUGGGCUUCGCAAACCCAUACCGGUGUAGAGUUUGGGUAUCUUCUGGUUUCUAAUGCCGUCCACAAAGUAGUAAACACAAGUAUCUAUUUGGGUCCAAAGCAUAAGAAUUGGUCCAUCAUAAAGUAUUGGACUAGUUGCAUCUCCGAUAACGUCCGCCGGCAUAGUAGUCCGAUAUUAUCGAUUUCGCUUUCCUUCCCGAUAAACUUACCGGCGAAAAGCAAGUCCGAGUUGAAAGGACUUCGUAAUGCAGCCGGUUCUCAUCCAGAAUCCGCAGUUAUGUCCUUCCACUACUUUAAGAUCAAGUUCAAUCACAAAUUCAAAUAAUUCUUGCCCGUCGAUUUCUUCGCCCAGCCUUCUCCAGCAUCAUGUAUCACUCCACCGGGUUUUCAAAUCUUGCGGCGGACACCGAAGAGGUAGUCUUGUAAAAUGCAUGGCGAAUCCCAGGAGAGUGAAAAUGGUGUCUAACCAGAUAAGGAGAGAGCUCUCAAGCAUGUUACUGACGGAUAAGGUUUUACAGUACGCGAUUCUGCCCGAAGCCGCUCUCGGAGCUGAUAUGUAUCUCUCUUCACUUACUUCUAUCAGCGACGUUGAAGUUUCAGCCGACUUACAGGUUGUCAAAGUAUAUGUCUCAAUUUUUGGGGAUGAAAGAGGGAGGGAAGUGGCUAUUGCAGGGUUGAAGUCAAAAGAAAAAUAUGUACGAGGAGAGUUGGGAAAGCGCAUAAAGUUGAGACUUACUCCCGAAGUCAGAUUUAUUGAAGAUGAGUCUCUUGAGAGAGGAAGCAGGGUUAUUGCAAUAUUGGAUAGAAUAAAGAGCGAAAAUGAGAAGAAGGCAGAUGACUUUCCUGCUGAUGACAGGCCCAACUCAUUUGAUCAGAAUGAGGAUGUCGGUGAAUGGGAAGGCGAUGACAACGACGAUGAAGGAAUUAUUUAUGUGGAAUAGUUUCUGGUGAAAUUACAGUCUUUGAACUGAAAGCAGUGAUGAG